AUGGCUAUUGAUAAUUUAGUACCGGAACGAUCAGAACCUGAGACGAUUAUGAUGAAGUGCAACGGUGAUGCGAUUCAUCAUCCAGAUGAGGAAGCAGAUCUUACCUGUGACAUAUCGGAAUCGAAAAUUGGUACGCUAGUUCCGAAUCAUCCAUUAAAAUACAUUUGGACAUAUUGGUAUUUGAAUGACCAACGUGAUAAAAGCUGGGAAAAGCGGCUUAAAGUUGUGUCCAAUUUUGGUACGGUGGAAGAAUUUUGGGCUCUUUAUGUUAAUAUUCGUCCACCAUCAUUACUACCAACGGCUUGCGAUUAUAGUGUUUUCAAAAAGGAUAUUCAACCAAUGUGGGAGGUUCCCGAAAAUGCUAAAGGUGGUCGCUGGCUGAUAACGAUUGACAAGUCUAGACAUCACGAUCUGUUGGAUGUGAUUUGGUUGGAAGUUUUGUUAGCCGUAAUAGGCCAACAGUUCGGUAAAUAUACGGCGGAUAUAUGUGGUGUAGUUGUUAACAUAAGAAAUAAGGGGUCCAAGAUCAGUAUUUGGACAACAGAUUGUAACAACGACGAAUCUAAUUGCAAAAUUGGAGAAAUAUUAAAGCAGAAAUUGACGAACCCGGAUAUCGAUUCAAAAAUUCAGCGGCCAAUAUUUGAUGUACUUCGCUAUGAAGAUCACCAAGAGGUUCAAAACAAGAGUUCUAGUUCGGUGAAAGCCAAGCAUAUUAUCACAGCUUCUGAUUAG